AUGCCUCCUACAGCUACUCUCUCCGCUUCUUCUACUUCUCUCCAUUAUCUUUUUCCACUCUCCUCCUCUUCCUCUUCUUUGACUUCAACCACUACUCCUACUAGUUGUCAUUUCCAUCCCCAUCCCUAUCCCUGUACCAAGAAAUUCUCAUCAUUGCGCUUCAAACCCCAUCAAAAACCCAUCAUGAUUCGAUCUGCAGUCUCCAUCGAGAAAGAAACUCCCGAGAAAGAGCGGCCCAUCACAUUUCUUCGUGAAUCAGAAGGCGGUGAUGUAAGGGCCCGCUUCGAGAAGAUGAUUAGGGACGCCCAGGACAGCGUUUGUGCUGCGAUCGAGGAGGUUGAUAAAGGCGGCAGGUUUAAGGAGGAUGUCUGGUCUAGACCUGGAGGCGGGGGAGGGAUCAGCAGGGUCUUGCAGGACGGUGCCGUUUGGGAGAAAGCUGGGGUUAAUGUCUCUGUUGUUUACGGAGUCAUGCCCCCUGAAGCUUAUAGGGCUGCUAAGGCUGCCGCUGCUGAUCAAAAGCCUGGCCCUAUUCCUUUUUUCGCUGCUGGCAUCAGCUCUGUAUUGCAUCCCAAGAACCCUUUUGCGCCUACAUUGCAUUUCAAUUAUCGAUACUUUGAGACCGAUGCUCCUAAAGAUGUUCCUGGGGCACCUAGGCAGUGGUGGUUUGGUGGUGGAACUGAUUUGACUCCAGCUUACAUUUUCGAUGAAGACGUCAAGCAUUUCCAUUCGGUUCAAAAGGAGGCCUGUGACAAAUUUGAUCCUAGCUUUUAUCCACGGUUCAAAAAAUGGUGUGAUGACUAUUUCUAUAUUAAGCACCGAGGUGAGAGACGAGGACUUGGAGGAAUCUUUUUUGAUGAUCUAAAUAACUAUGAUCAGGAGAUGCUCCUAUCCUUUGCCACUGAGUGUGCAAAUUCUGUAGUACCUGCAUACAUUCCCAUUAUAGAGAAAAGGAAGGAUACACCGUUUACGGAUCAUCACAAAGCAUGGCAACAAUUGCGAAGAGGGCGUUAUGUAGAAUUCAACUUGGUUUAUGAUCGGGGUACGACAUUUGGAUUGAAGACAGGAGGUCGUAUCGAAAGUAUCCUUGUUUCUCUGCCACUAUCUGCGCGAUGGGAAUAUGAUCAUAAACCUGAAGAGGGAAGUGAAGAGUGGAAGCUUUUUGGAGUUGAGGCAUGUCCUAGAACCAUGCUUAUUCUAGAAGCAGAAAUCAACUAUCUUGGGCAAUUUCAACACCCUAACCUUGUUAAGUUGAUUGGUUCCUGCUUAUUAGAGGAUGACCAUCACCUGCUGAACUACAAUGCAAAGCUUUCUGAUUUUUGUUUAGCCGGGGAUGGGCCAACUGGCAUUAAGAGUCAUGCAUCUACUAGGGUCCUGGGAACCCAUGGAUCUGCAGAACCAGAUUAUUUAGCCACAGGUCAUUUGACUGCAAAAAGCAAUGUAUACAACUUUGGAGUUGUACUUCUGGAAAUGUUGCCUGGUAGGCGGGCUAUAGACAUGAACUGGCCAUCUGGCCAGCAUAACCUGGUGGAGUGGCUAAACCCUAACUGGCAAACAAGCGUAGAGUUAUCCAUGUUCUGGCUGCACAUCUUGAAGGCUGGUAUGCACUCAGUCAGGCCUAAAAGCUUGCUAAAAUUGCACUUCAAUGCUUAG